UAGACUUCUUCGGGCCACCCAAAAUUAUAUAAGUGCCUGAUAGAUUAUAUCUACAUAUAGCUAGUGUAGGUACAUUGGUUGGAAGGUGAUGCCGAUUGCAAAAUUAAAAUACCCGGUCGGCAAUUACUCCCACAUCCUGCAAUAUUGCUCUCACUUUCUCUCGGCACAUCUCAGGACUCCCUGCAUAACACAGCCUACUUCGCAGUACGUAACACAUAGACGAUGUAAUUGAUAUGUAGUUACCAUCGGGAUCUCCUAGCAGUACGACACAGAGGCAGCUCGUGCGAGGUACUCCGAACUUGGGACUCUAAUACAUUCACAUUUCUCAUUUCCGACCCAAGCUCUCCAGAAAUGGCACGCCACAUUCUGAUCUUGCUCCUGUGCUCAUUAAUCUUACAGUCGGGUGCUUGGUCCCAGCUCCUUUUUAAUACAACGCCGCGACCAAUUAACUCAAAUUUCACCUGCGCUGGGCGGCUGGCCGGAUACUACGCCGAUCUUUCUUCAAACUGCCGAGUCUAUCAUAAUUGCGAUGACCAGGGCAACAAAUUCUCCUAUCACUGUCCGGAGAUGACUGCCUUCCGACAAGAAGCCCUCGUCUGCGACCACGCACACCUCGUCGACUGCCAGACUGCCGCCACGCAGAUUCUCAUAAACAGAGCGGAAAAAUCGAAAAAGACCGUGGGAGCGUCACCAACCGUCACAACUAUCAAUCCCUUCUCGAAUUUAUUCAUCCGAAAAGAUGCGGCUGCCAGUCAAGUUUCAAAGCCGUGGCCUGCCAAUGUGCGCUUCAAAACGGCUGUGGCUCAGGAGACUCCGUUUCACUUGGGUCUGGAUGCGCGACAUACGUUCGCAGGAAUGGCUUCAACUUUCGCGAGUAACCAAACCACAGUAGCUCAGCUCGCGAGCGGUAGAAAUUCCGGCAUGGAGAAGAUUGCAAUGCCGUUCGAUUAUCGCUGGGUUCAAUUUUCGGGCGAUCGGCCGAAGAGCAAAAGCAACGGAAGCAGAUUCGACGGGUCUACCGGAAGAGAUCUCAUUGCGAACUCACGCGGUCACUUGGGGUGGAAAUUCACAAAUCGCAGUAUCAGCACCGCAGAAAUCAACGCCGAUGGGGAACACCACACGCAACCUUCGGCUUAUGAAUACUCACGAAUGAAAAGCUCCCCUAUGACCUCCAGAAGCGGGUCCUAUCCAGAAAUCAACGGGACGAACACGAAAUCGACUCAAAUUUCGGGACAAACGAAGCUAACCCCGAGCCUAACAACACUUUCGCCCUCGGAUAUUCUCUUCCCCGACUUUACCGCCUCCUUGAAACCUCUUGUGCCAAACGCCCUUGAAUAUGACCCGUACUAUCCCAGAGAACCCUGGACUACAACUGAGACCUAUUACACACCUAGCGAGCGAAGUGAAUCACCUCGGGCAUUCGAUUCACCCAACUUUCAACCUUCCCUGAUCGGCGUGCGCUUCAAAAUUCCUGAUAUUCUGCCGGACCUGAACACGAUUGACGAUAUCGUCGAACGGAGGAAACAUUUUUUUAUACCGAGAAAUAGAAAUUAACUAUCAUACGUAUGCGUAUGCGUCGUAUGUGUGUCGGCAUUAAAAUAUACACAUACAUGCAUCGGUGUGACGAUAUGCUAAUUGCAGUCACUCUCGUUUUCCUCUCUAAGAUUAUUAUUACUUCCGUAUGGCUUGCGUAGGGUUUUCUCCUAUGCAGAACAUGGGUACACUCGUUGAAUAAAAGUCUGUUUUCAUUUUCUACGUAUUUUACAACAAACUGCGAUGAUUGUCAUUAUUAUUUAUUAACAAAUGAUUAAAAAAACGUCAAUGA